UAAAAACUCUUCUUUUCCAUGCAAGAUUUCCCAACCCUCACUCAGCUCAAGCAGUCUUCCAGAGUAAAAAGCUAAAGACAUCCAGCCUAGCUAGCCUAAUUAAUUAAAACAUGAAGGGAAUUCAUUUCCUUGUAGCUUUUGUCCUUCUGGCUUUGUCUUCCUCCUUUGCUUUUGCCUUCGACCCUAGUCCUCUUCAAGACUUUUGUGUUGCCAUCAAUGACCCCAAGGAUGGUGUGUUCGUGAAUGGAAAGUUCUGCAGAGACCCGAUGCUUGCAACCGCAAACGAUUUCUCUUUUUCUGGUCUCAACAUCCCAGGGAAUACAUCAAAUCAAGUUGGAUCAAAUGUAACUCUUAUAAAUGUUGACAAAAUUCCAGGACUCAACACUCUUGGUAUAUCCAUAGCUCGUAUUGACUUUUCGCCAUACGGAGGCCUAAACCCACCACACAUUCAUCCUCGUGCCACAGAGAUUCUAGUAGUCCUGGAAGGCACCCUGUAUGUGGGUUUUGUUACAUCAAACCCCAAUCGUCUCAUUACCAAAGUUCUAAACGCAGGAGAUGUUUUCGUAUUUCCGAUUGGUCUGAUUCACUUUCAGUUCAACAUUGGAAAUACUAAUGCAGUUGCUAUUGCUGCACUGAGCAGCCAAAAUCCAGGAGUCAUCACAAUUGCAAAUGCAGUGUUUGGAUCCAUUCCACCAAUUAACCCAGAUGUUCUUGCCAAGGCAUUCCAAUUGGACAAGAAUGUGGUGAAUUAUCUUCAGAAACAGUUCUGGAUCAACAACCAUUAGGGAGUGGCUGAUCAUAUAUAUUUAGCAACUUCCAUAUUGUUUUGUUCUGUAUACCAAUGUUGUAACACAAUAAGGAGGCACUAAUACGCCUCUCAGUGUUACUGUUGAGUCCACAAUAAUACUGCAGAUUGUUUAUGCUCUCUUUCUAAA